GGGGAAAAGAGCUGCAGUUUUGCCGAUACGGACAUUGCAUAUCACCGAUUUUCUUAUUCCCUUGAUCACCAUUGCAGUGUGUGGAAGUGGAACUACCUUCGCCAAUUGACCUGAUUCUCAGCAUCUACAGCUCCAUCGUCGGCUUUUAGAGUGCCAGUGCACAUAACUCUCAGCCCACCAUGUCUUCAACAUUAGAAACCAUAAACCUGCCCCAUCUCCCUUCUACUAUGCCUGUGCAUGUAGCUAUCUACCGUGAUGUCCAGAAUGCUCCUUUUCUCCGGCAGCAGCUCAUAUCCGGGAACUCGGAUUUCGAAUAUGCGUUCAUUGAUGCAAGCAUGGUUCUUUCGAGAGCGCACGUUUCGUCCGCAAUUUUCAGGGCCGUAAAUGACUAUCUCAAUGAGCGUCUCAAGUCUCGUAAUGUCCACUCGGAGAUUGUUUUCUCUUUUAGCCCCACGAACAAUAUUGCCGACUCCUUCCGGAAAUUCGGUAUCAGCGAUUCUACGAAAGAUCUGUUGGUGGUGAAGGUGUCUGUAACACCGGAAAUUACCCAUGAUUCAGUAGCGGCCCACCUGGCACAAUCUGUUGAAGGCUCACCUGUGCCUUUCAAUGACGAGACUCUGGCUGAAAUCGCGGAUGUUGCCAAAAUAAAGAAGGCCUACAAGUUGGGAGCAUUGCCUUCUGCUCCUGCGGGUCAAGUAAAUGGUGCUGGCAGCAGUGAUGAUGUACGACUCGAAAACUCCAUUAUCGGUGCAAUUGCCCUGCGAGGAGCGACUUGAUUGCUUAAUGUUCUCCAAAUUUCCACGUCAACCUGGACUCCAUCUAAGUGACCUCAAUUCGAGCGACUUCCAAUACAACAGGCUCCAUCUUGCCUGGUUGACUUCUUUCGGUGAGACUCUAUGGGCCAUGGUCCUGAGCGUAUGCGGCCAAACUUAGAUUAGUGGAUGAGUCCUCCACCAAAAACACAAGCUCUCGGCCCUCGCUCCUUCAACACAGGCGCGAAUGGCGCUAUGGCUCUGAGCAACAUACGCGUUGAAAUAUAGUAUUAUCAGUGACUGAAUGAUGUGUCGCCUCGGAACGCCUAUUCACGGGUAUAUACUACACGACGCGAAGAGCAAUACCGUGGCUUAGUAUCUAACGAAUAUUAUUCAAG